UUUUGGAAAAGAAGAAUGAUGAAAAAGGAUUUUUCCAACACGUUUUCUCAGUUCUGGAAAGACGUUACGAGUUAUUUUGACUCUGAGGUGAAAAACCGUGGCAUUUCGACAGCUGUCGGCUUCACCUCUGCGGUACUCCUGGUCAUUUCCUACUUGAUGCUCACGUGCAGCAGGUCUAAGUUCAGAGAUGCUCCAGUCUGGGUGUUGUACUCUCUCACUGGAGACCUGUGUCACCUUACUGGAGCUUUUCUCUCUAAUCAGACAUUUUUUCAGCGUUUUAUGGCUUCAAUAAUGGCAAGCUUGGACGUUAUGCAUUUCAUUUCAGUCACUCUGCCUCUUUGUUGGUGGUACUAUUCCACCGCUGGAAAGAGAAUGCGAAUGUUAAGCAGAAGAAGGAGACAGAACGUUUUUGUGGUCUGUCUGCUGUUUGGAAUGGGAGGAUGUGUUUACGCAAAUAUAUGUCUACGUCACAUGCAUAUCGUCGCCUGUGACUCUCCAACCAGCAGGAAGCUGCUGAAUGUCAUCUUACAUGAUCAGACUGAACUGCUCGGUUACGUGCUCGGUCUUCUGUCCUUCGCUAUUAUCUGGACAUCCAGGAUCCCCUUCUUUCUGAAAGCUAACAAAGGAGAGAUGAGUAAUUCGACACAUGUUUCCUCAAGAGCUUUUAGCGCUAUGGCUGGAGCUCUUUAUGCUUCUGCUAUACUGCUCUAUGAUUCACGGCUGGAGUCUGUAGUCAAAGCGCUGCUGUGGAUUCUCUCAGGAGCGAGUUGGGCCAUUCUGGAUUUCUGUAUUUUACUCCUCUCCUGCUAUAGAAUUUGCUAUAUGCGGCAUUCCACUGGACCGCCGGAUUCAGAUAAAGAGUCCCUUUUGGGCCACAGGGUUUCAUCUGCUGCGUUUCAGAAAGAUAAAAAUUGCAGAAAACAUGUCUCAUCCUGGAAGACCGGCUCAUCAAAAAUACCUGAGCUGAAGCUUCAUAGAAACACUACUGUUCAGCCUAUUCGAAAGGUGUGUUUGAAGAAGGUUACCAUCACUCGGUCCGAUUCAGCAGAGAACCAGCCUCUGAAGGGAUCUGUGAAGGUGGUCAGGGUGGAUGAACGUUAUUCCUCAGGCAGUACUACAGAUUCGUCUUGCCUCAGCUCUGAGCUAGAGUGGGACUUUGAGGAGACCCCGCCACAGUGGAGUUCACAGAAUGAAGACAGGCCCCAGAUGGACGCGUUCCCUCUGCAGGAGUGGACGGUUGACCCGAGGUCAAAGUCGAACGUGAGUUCAAGCUCGAGUGCCUGUUUCUGUAACAGUGCUGAUCUGGAAGAGAGGAUUGUUUCUGGAUCAUCUGACACUAACUUUCAGAGCCUUUCAGAGCCAGUGAAAUGAUUCUGGACACACAGCAGAUGCUCCACUGAUUCAACAAUGUGAUUUUUCAGUACAUGAGUAUUUAAUAAGAUAUCAAAUAUA